AGUUAUGACUAUCAUUUUUGCGCCAAGUGUUAAGGGUGUGAUCUCUGAAAAGGUAACAGACAUUGUUGUUUGAUAGAUGAAGAAUAAAUGUGUAAACUCUGGCUGUUAAAACGUACAUCACAUUUCUUGAGAAGGCUCUCACGCAGGAUCAUGUUCUUGUUGUUCAGGUAAAACCUGAUGUGUUUCUUGGCUCCGGCAGCCAACAACAAUUACAAAGAUUUUUCUGACAUUAACUCAUCUGCUUUCCCGUAAUGCGGUAGUACUUUUGACAGUGUUGAGGAUUCCUUCAGGUAGUUUGAAGAAUGCCACUAACGUUUUCACACCUGGUUUAGCUGUAUAUCUUUGUGACAGUCUCUGUAUCCAUCUAUUUCUCAGUAUGGCUGAGCCUGCUGAGCUGCUGCUCAUUAAGGACCAGUAUGAGUUGGCGUUUCAUUCCCUGAGUCGUGGGGUGGCUGCUGAAGAGGCUGGGAAAAGAGCAGAGGCCCUGGAGUAUUACAGAAAGGGCCGACAGCACCUUACCCAAGGAGUGGAAGUUCCCACUGCGGGGGAGAGGCAUAUCGGAGCGGCCUGGGACACGGCCAGGCAGCUUCAGCAGAGGAUGAGGGACACUCUGAGUACUGUCAGCAGCCACCUCUCUGACCUGGAGACCUCUCAGCAGACAACAGGAGACCAGAGGGGCCGCCUGUUAAGAGAUCUUCCUCCCAAUCUUUAUCCAGACCUGGCACCUAGCAGUCAGCCUCCCCAGAGCUCUCUCCACCAUCUGUACCCGUCCAUACCCCCUACCACCCAGGACACCACCCUUACCCCCCCAAACACCGCCCCUCCUAGACCUGCCUCCCCUUCUCUUCCACCCAGACCCACCCUCCCUGCAGUGGCCCCAGGAACUAUAGCCAUGGCUAGUCCAGGGGACCAGCCUCCAGCGUACACACCGCAGCCCACAGACGGACACCGCAGCCUGGCUUAUGGUCCUGCCGGAGGUGGCAACGGGUGCGGAAAGCAGACCGGAGCAGCAGCAGCAGCCGGACAAGAUGCAAACGAGCUGCUUUUCAUUCCCUCUGGGGUGCAGGUGUUUUUUGUGGCACCAAAUGGACAGGUCAGCUCCCUGUCUAAUCCAGGGUACCUGCGCAUCAUUGCCUUUGGCAGCGAGAGCAAGGACCCCACCACUGGAAGGCCCUCAGCUUUUCUACAUGUGUGUGACUGGCUGUACCCACUGACAGCAGACACUCCAGUGCUGCUGGCUAACUCUGGGAUCUACAUGUUCCCUGACUCCUUGGCAGAGACGCCAGGGUCUUACGUGGGCAUUGUGUUGUCCUCUGAACUGCCUGCUGCUGACCGAGAGGUAUUUCAAGACCUCCUGUCGCAGCUUGCUGAACUCAGGGUCCAGGGUCCACAGGGGGCAGGGUCAGAGGUCAUCAACCUGAGUAUGAAAGUCCCCCUUAGUCCCCCAAUAGAGCCAACAGGACUGACAGGGCCGACUGAGGAGAAGGAAAAACUACUACUUCCUGGAUGGAGUGAGAAGAUGGCACAAGGAAUCUUGUCAGGAGCCAACCGGUUGAGUCAAGGGUUUGUAAAAGGAGCAGAGGCCACAGGUAGGGCCAUUCAUAAAGGAGCAGCCAAGAUCCGGGACCACAUCACACCUGAGGACACUCCUUCAGAAGUCAGCCCCAGUGUCCACAAAAGUCUGCACGCGGCUAGACAGGCCACUGGGGGUGCUCUGCGAGUCAGCCAGUUUUUGGUUAAUGGAGUGAGUACAGUGGUAGGACAUGUGGCAGAGAAGAUGGCGCCCCAUGUGAAGAAACAUGGUGCUAAGCUGGUCCCAGAGUCUUUGAAGAAGAGCAAAGAUGGCCAGGCUUCCAACAUGGACGGAGCCAAGUUUGUGGCAGCCAGCAGUGUACAAGGUUUCUCCACUAUUUGGUCUAGUCUGGAGACCGGAGCAAAGCUUAUCGGCAAAAGUGUUGCAGCAGAGACGGUCACAACUGUGACGUACAAGUACGGCAAUGACGCAGGUCAAGCCACAGACACAGCUCUCAAGUCAGUGGCCAAUGUCGGUGUGACUGCCUACAACAUUGACAAUCUGGGCAUCAAAGCCAUCAUGAAGACAACGGGCAAGGCGACAGCCAAGGCCAUGGUCAAAAGCCCUGAUGGAAAGUCAGGAGCAGCUGAAAGGAAGGAGGAACAGACACAAGAAAAUCAAGUAAAGACAGAGGAGAAGAAAGUGCAGAAGAGAGAGGAGGAAGAGAAGGAGAAAUAAGUUCCUUACUGGAAGGUGUCAUCGAUGGGCCACUUCCUCAAUUGCAGUUUUACUAAAGUAAAUAUAAGCUGCUCAUUUUUGAAGUAGAUAUUUUGUUGUAUUAAUUGUGGUAGCAAAAACACAGGAAUUAGCCUUAGUCAAAGUGCAAUUUUACUUAAUAGUUAUUAACUUUAUUUAUGUCUUAUUGGCUACAUUGCUUUAUAAUUGUAAACUUUCAAGCAAGAUUAUUAUGUUUUUGUAGUAGUAAUAUAGGUAUAUAUCUGUUUUCUGUAAACCUGUUCACUGGCUAUAGCUGAAAGUCUACUAGUAGAUUUACAGCUAUAGCCCGGUCUCCUCUACAUUUAGAUCUCCAUGAAAGUUGCCAUAAUAUAUAAACAGUAUGUAUAUAAACAGAGUAUACAUUUAACUUUUAACUAUGGGGAUGUGUUUUUAGAGAAGAAUUAAAAAACAUGUA